AUGGCACGAGGUACAAACCUUAGAGUUCAUUUCAAGAACACUAGGGAAACAACGUUUUCCAUCAGGAAGAUGCCCUUGAUCAAGGCUAAAAGGUACUUGGAAGAUGUUCUUUCCCACCAACAAGCCAUUCCAUUUAGACGUUUCUGCCGUGGUGUUGGAAGGACAGCCCAGGCUAAGAACAGACACUCCAUCAGACAAGGAAGGUGGCCAGCCAAAUCUGCUAAGUUCAUCCUUGAUUUGUUGAAGAAUGCAGAGAGUAACACUGAAGUGAAAGAUCUGGAUGUUGACGCUCUAUAUUUCUAA